AUGAUGAUCCUGUUGAUCUGGUUGGCGGUCCUGGUCGCCGCGGUAACGCUAUACUUCCGCAAGCUGUACUCCACCUUCAGUGACUAUGGCAUCAAGCACAAACCGCCAGUCCCUAUCUUCGGCAAUAUGCACAAGAUAAUCUUUCGCACAGAACAUAUAAAUGAUGCGCUUACAAAUCUCUACAACGAAUAUCCUGAGGAAAGGUUCGUUGGGAGAUAUGAAUUCAAUAAGGAGAUAAUAUUAGUUCGCGACCUAGAGCUAGUAAAGAAGAUAACUGUGAAAGAUUUCGAGCACUUCAUCGACCAUCGCUUCGUGUUUGGCAACAGCGAGUCCUACUUCUCCAGGAACUUACUGUCUCUAAGAGGUCAAGAAUGGAAGGACAUGCGCUCCACGCUGAGUCCAGCGUUCACGAGUUCAAAAAUGCGUCUGAUGGUGCCUUUCAUGGUGGAGGUCGGAGACCAGAUGAUGCGUUCGCUUAAUAAAAUUAUAAAGGAAUCCAAGAAUGGCUUUGUAGAUAUAGAUUGCAAAGACCUGACGACCCGCUACGCUAACGAUGUGAUUGCCUCCUGCGCCUUUGGUCUGAAGGUGGACUCACACAAUGACAAAAACAACAGUUUCUAUGCGCUGGGGAAGGAGACUUCCACAUUAAAUUUCCGUAAAGUACUCAACUCCUUCGUACUCGUUGUAGCACCAGUUGUUGGUGAGUUCUUUAAGUUGGAUAUUCUCUCGGAAGACUCAAAAAAGGCAUUCAAAUCUCUGGUCUUGGAUACAAUGGAAAACCGAGAGUUGAAGAAUAUUAUCAGACCCGACAUGAUUCACUUGUUGAUGGAAGCCAAGAAAGGUAAACUGACUCACGAAGAUAUUAAAUCCAAUGAUGUGGCUGCUGGAUUUGCUACUGUUACGGAAUCAGCUGUAGGAAAGAAAGCAGUCAACAGAGAAUGGAGUGACGGUGAUCUUGUGGCUCAAGCUGUGCUAUUCUUCAUUGCUGGAUUUGAAACUGUAUCAUCAGGAAUGUCGUUCCUACUCCACGAACUUGCUAUGAAUCCUGAUGUACAGGAGCGGCUGGCGCAGGAGAUCAAGGAGACUGAUGCUAAGAACGGCGGCAAGUUCGACUUCAACUCCAUACAGAACAUGGUCUACAUGGAUAUGGUGGUGUCAGAAGUCCUCCGAUUUUGGCCACCUGCACUUGCUCUCGACAGACUUUGCACUAAAGACUACAAUGUGGGUAAACCGAAUGCGAAAGCCGAGAAAGAUUAUAUUGUCCGCAAAGGUACUGGAGUUUGGGUACCGAUUUACCCUAUCCAUCAUGAUCCUCAGUACUACCCUAAUCCUGACAAGUUCGACCCUGAGCGGUUCUCAGAAGAAAACAGGCACACCAUCAAUCCACUCGCGUACAUGCCCUUCGGUGUUGGACCUAGGAAUUGCAUUGGAUCAAGAUUUGCACUUUGCGAGAUAAAAGUGAUGACGUACCAGAUCCUCAAAGAAAUGGAACUCUCUCCUUGUGAAAAGACUUGUAUACCAGCAAAGUUAUGCAAAAAGAGUUUCCAACCAAGACUGCAUGGAGGGCACUGGCUCAGGUUCAGAACGAGAACUUAG